GGCAACAAUAAGUAACCCAGCCAUUAGAAUAUGAGGCGAAAAAAUUGAGAGGGAGACGGAAAAAAUGGAUUACACCGUCGCAGCGCUUAAGUUGCUGUGCGUACAACUGAGAAGCGCCCGCCACAGCCCUUCGCAGAAAGCCUUCACCCACAGCGUCAGCGGCAUUCUCUUCCAACGCGCCUGGCUUCAGGGCAUUAUCGUCUCCGUAUCUUCUUCCUCCUCCUCGGACGGUGAUGCGAGCGGCCGCUACCUCCUUGAUGAUGGGACCGGCGUCAUCGAGCUGUACCUCACACGUGACUAUCUCAGCCGCCCUUGGGAAACGGGGAUGUAUGUAAUGGUGGUUGGAGCUUAUGUGGUCCGUUCAGAUGAUCUCCCGAUGCUUAAGGUUCAUAAAAUGGUUGAUCUUUCGGCAUUUCCUGAUAGGGAGCCAAUGUGGUAUCUUGAAGUCAUGGAAGCCUUCAAGCUUUUCUACCAACCUCUUUCUGAAGAAUGACAAAGAGAGGGAGAGCAGUAGGAACUCUUUAACUGGUACCAAUUGACAUGCUUUUCUCUGGUUUUUACAAAUGAUAUUGUGGAAAAUUGCGUGGAUGAUUGAGAAAAAGUUGUGCUGUUGAUCUCAUGGCGUCUUGUGGUUCUUGUCUAGAGGCUUUCAAGAUCUUUUUGUCAAGCUAGCCUAAGCUCUUGUAGGUUGAACUGAUUGAAUGAAUUGGUAUCAAGGCUCAAGAGGUGUAUCAUGCUGCUUAUGUUUCUUUAUGUUGUGAGUUAUCAAACUUUUGUGCUUUGAUUCAAGUCUAGAAGAAUUUGAGUUGCCAACAUGCAUGAUUGCAAAAUACUAGUUAGUUGCAAAUAUGCAGUCUCCUUGUGUUAGGAUGAUAACCUGACAAGGCUUUGUAAUAAAUAACUACUAAAAUACCAGAAUAUCAAAAUAUUUGUUAUAUUGCCAAGCAUUUUCCUUGCAAUGUUUAACAUGAACACUACAUGCUUCAUGUAGGAUACUCACAA